GUUAUUGUUGUUGUGUUUUAGUUGUAAUUCUGACCUUAUGUAACGUUAUGUUGUGAGCGAGUGUUUUAUUCUGAAGGUUCCCUGGGUGAGCUGCCGGUGCUGAUGCGUGUUACCUGCCGUCACCUUGACGCAGCUCUGACGGUCCGGAGUCGGCAUGACAACGCGCUCUCGAGAGCAGGCGGGGAACUGCUGACGGGUGCGAGCGAGGAUGGCAGCAGAAGAUGCCCUGUAACGGAGACAGCGGCGGGAACCGAGCAAACACCAGCACCGGGACCUGCUCCGGCACCGGGAGUGACCCACUCCAUGUCCCGGUCAUGGAGAGAGCCCGGCCGGUGACGGUGACGGUGUCCGCGGUGAGCCUCGCGCUCAGCGUGCUGUCUCUGCUGCUGCUGGUCACCGCCAUCUCCACCGACCACUGGUAUGAGACUGACACCCGCAGACACAAGGACAACUGCGACCGCCACGGAUCCGACUCCAACGACCAGAAGAACCGGGAGAUGCCCAUUUAUCACCUGCCGCUGGUAGACACCGGCAGCGGCGGGGCCCGGCAGCGGGACGUUGCGCUAAUGAAGCCCGUUCAUGUGGGGAGCAGAGAGGAGGAGCUGCUGGAGAACUGGAGGGCCAUCCUGGGGAUGGGCAUACUGGAGACCGAGUGCGGCAGGCCGCUGUUCUCCACACACUAUGGCCUGUGGAGGAAAUGCUACUUCAAGAGUCUGGACCCGGACAUCGACAAGCUCAUCGACCGGGGUAUUGCGGAUCGUUGCACAGCUGUCAAGUAUCACUUCUCUCAACCAAUCAGACUGAGGAAUAUCCCUCUGAACCUGACCAGAACUAUCCAACAGGACGAGUGGCACCUGCUGCACCUGCGGCGUAUCACAGCAGGGUUUCUGGGUAUGGCGGCAGCCGUCCUGCUGUGCGGGAGCAUCGUGGUGUCAGUCGGCUUCUUCUGGGAGGAGAGUCUGACGCAGCAUGUCUCUGGACUGCUGUUCCUCAUGGCAGGGAUCUUCUGCACCAUCUCUCUGUGUACGUAUGCAGCCAGUGUGACCUACGACCUCUCCAGAAACCCUCCCUUUAUCUACGGUCUGCCAGCUGAUGUGGAUCAUGGUUAUGGCUGGUCUAUCUGCUGUGCCUGGGCCAGUCUGGGUCUGACCGUGGCCGCCGGCUGCCUCGGUACUACUUUCCCCUUCCUGAGCCGGGCCGGAGCUCUGCGCUCCAAAACCGCCCGGGAGUCCUCCGUCUGAUCAACCAGCUGUCAAUCAAACAGAGGAGGAGGGGUUAAUGACAGAAACCAUGGACAAUGUCUGUUGAACCGGUUCACUAAACCCAGCUGCACCAGGUUUAUGUGACCUGGGUUCUGGAAAGAUUGGAGGUGGGUCCAGGCAGAGCUGCACGCACACACACACACUCUGAGGUCUAAGACUAAGCAGUCGAGUCCGAGUCAGACUGAGAUCAACAUCCUUUCGUCUUGCUGCAGUGAUGUCACAGUGUUCUGCAUUACAUGCUAACGCUAACAACAGCAGGCAUUUUGUUAAUCUGUCCAACACUCACUGCAGCCAAUCAGCAAUCAGCAUUUUCCUUUUUCUUCUUCUGCAGUUAUAAAACACAAAAACUAAGUAGAGUAUUACCUGAAUGAGCCCCCCCCCGAUUCGCUGGACAGUGGAGAGCCUGAUGAUGUCACAGGUCGAGUGAGGGAGCGGGUCAGUUCACGAUCAGUGAUGUGAACACCAAAACCAGGACCAGAAUCAGUGCUAAUGUGAAAUCAGAUGGCCUCUGAAUAUCAGCUGACUAAUCUUUACCUGAUUUGUUGAACCUCAGUCCAUAAUCAGUCAUGACAUCAGACUGUCAGGACAAAAGACUGGUCCAGGUCCUCCACAGUCUUCACUGAUGUCAUCACUGCUGUCUCUCCUGAGUGGAGGUCCGGAGAUGGAGGUCUGGACCAGUCGAAUGGAGCACAUUAAAGAGGAGGUCUUCAGACUGAGAUCAGACUCGACUGCUGUGACACAAACAGAACAUGAAGGAAUCAACCUCAGAUCCAUCAGAUUUAGAGUUUCGCUGCAUGUUAGCUGUGAAGACUUUUCUGUCCUUCGAGGUGUCGAUACAGUUUGAUCACCUGGUGAGUUCAGAACAAGCAGACUUUAAACAUGUGACAUGUAAAUCUUUAAAACCGUUUGGAGUCCCUAAAACUCUGAACUUUAUUUAUUCUGAGUUUAUAAAUGUCAAAUAUCAACAAGGUGCAAAUCCAAAAAUAUGAACAGGUUACAGAUGAGGAUCAUUCUGGGUGGUGCUGCAUAUACAUACAUAUGUAUAGCUGAGUGUAUAAUAGCAAUGGGCACAAGUACUUGAGUACUCGAUUUAGACACCAGUAUAUAGAAACUCACAUCUUUUUGUGUAUCAAUAACUAAAGAUGAGUGAGAUGAUGUUUUCUGUUUCUUUACAUCAUCAACGUGAUGUUGAUUGUUUAGCUGAAUAGGCCGAAGUGACAGCUGAUUCUGUUUUCCCUUCGAGUCAGGUCUACGCUAACACUAAAGCUAAUGCUAACUUCAUUUCCAACCUUUUUGUCUGUGAGUUCUCAAAUGAAAGAAAGUGACAUCAGUGUUUUUGGUUGACAACUGAAUUUACAAUAACAUUAACAGUUAAAACAUACAGUGUGUGCUACGAGCUACCGCUAGCUGCUGAGUCAGACGAGUUUAAUUCUGGAAACGUUUUUUUAUCGAACAAAGGCAAAGCUGAACAGCUGAACUUUGAAUGUUUGUAUGUGUUGAAAGUUUGGAUCCUCAGAUGUGUACAUAGAUUCAGAGAUUCAUAGAUAAGAUUCAGUGUUUUUUUACUCAUCAGAGAACAGUUGAAUGAAGUGAAGCAGUGUUAUGUUGGACCUGCGAACUGAGCCACAGACUGACUCUGACCUGGUGUUUAACCAUCCUGCUGAACGAAGAAUGAACAUCAUGGAGAACGUGGAACAUUUACAACAGAACAUCAGGAUGGAAGGAAGUCCCUUUACUCAUCAAACAAAGUCGACUGGUCUGGGAUCAGAUUAAUUUAUCACACAGGAAGUCCAUGUAAUACCAGGCGGUCCAGAUGUAGAAAAACUGAUCUGUCGUGUAACUGACGUGAUGCUGCUGCUUGGUGCUUUAUUAUUUAUUGAAUUUGAAUUCAGAAAAACUUGAGUCGUCCUCAGCUCAGUCUUAGAUACUGCAGUAGGCUGGAUGUCACGUCUUUACCCUCUUAUACCCUCCUAAUGUCCUCUGAUACCCCCAUCUGAACUCUCUAAAGUAACAUGCUAAUGAAGGAGUGAAUGUUCCUUCAUCAGAUCUGAUACCCCGAACACCUCCCAUUGCCUCUGAAAGACUCUGAUACCCCAUCAUUCUCUUCUAAUACACUCACACAGACGACAAAGUGGGAACAGGUAAGAGUGGGUGGGAAGGUCAGGUAACUGCGGAGCUGAUGAGGGUGAGUAGGUGGAAGAGGAUGUGAGGUGACCAGGACUAGCAAGAAGGUCUGAGGGCAUCUCGUGGAUAACACAAGGUCUGGGGUUAAAGUUAGAGCCAGUCCUCAUGAAUAAGAGUCCUGACUACCCUCUUUGAGUUUACCUUUUGAUACCUGUCCAGUAUCUCCUGGUGUCUCCUCUCAAAUCUUUUGACACACCUCCUAUACCCUCAGAUACUCCAUCAUACCUGUCCUAUAAUCUCUGACCACUUAUACAAUGUAAUACUAUCCUUUUAUAUGUUCUGAUGCCCUCUAAUUGCCCACCAUAUCCCUCCCGUACCCUCUAAUCAAUCAUUAUACAUUCUGAUGCCACCUGAUACCUAUAAUACUUUCCUCCUGAAACCUCCUGAAUUCACUUCUGCACUCUCUAAUACCUUCCAUACCCCAUUAUACCCUCCUGAAACUCUCUAAUGCCCCCUCUGAUGCUCUUUUCACCCCCUAUCCUACCCCUCUUUCUCUGAGUUCCCAGACAUCUUCUUAAACCCUAUAAAAUCUUGUACAUUCUUCAGUCUCCCAAUAACUUCUGAUACCCCUCCCAUACCCUCUUAUACCCCAUUAUACCCCUUCUGGACUCCUUUUUGAUACUCCAAUACUCGCCCUGUACUCUCAGAUACCUUUGAACGCCCGUUUACCAUCUCUUAUAAUCUAGGAGACUAUCUAAAUCCCUCAUUCUCUCAGAUACCUUCUCAUAGUUUACCCUCUUAUUCCCCAUCAUAAUCAUACUAUACUCAAAGCCCUUAAUGGCCUGAUACAUUUUGAAGCCCCCAAGCCCCUCCUAUAUCCCCUGAUACCCCAUCAUACAUCUUCUAAACCCUUUUCUGAUACCAUCUGCACCCUAUAAUAUACCUCAUGUACCACCUGAAACCUGUCCUUUACUCUCUGAUAUCUUUUAAUACUCUAAUCCUAACCUCAUCAUAUACCUCCUGUGCUCCCUGAAAUGGCCUAGUAUCCUAUUAAAACCUCUAGUACCCUCUAAAACUGUCUCAUGUCCUUUAAUCCUCCUUUAUUUAUUGUAAGGUGUCCUUGGGUGACAGAAAGGCGCCUAUGACAUAAAAUGUAUUAUUAUUAUUAUUAUUAAACCCUGCUGAUACCCUCUAAACCUGCUGAAACCUUCUAAAACCUGCUGAAAACUUCUAAAACUUUUUAAAACCCGCUGAUAACUUCUAAAACCCGUUGAUACCCUCUAAAACCUGCUGAAACCCUCUAAACCCGUUGAUACCCUCUAAAACCUGCUAAAACCCUCUAAAACCUGUUGGUACCCUCUAAACCCAUUGAUACAAUCUAAAACCUGCUAAAACCCUCAAAAACCUGCUGGUACCCUCUAAACCUGCUGAUACCCUCUAAACCCUGCUGAUACCCUCUAAACCUGCUGAUACCUUCUAAACCCUGAUGAUACCCUCUAAACCUGCUGAAACCUUCUAAAACCUGCUGGUAUCCUCUAAGCCUGCUGGUAUUCGCUAAACCCACUGAUACCCUCUAAACCCCAUCAUACCCUUUCUGUUCCUUCUGAAGCCCUGUGCUGCCCCCUGCUGAACGCUCAAUGUCUCUUCAGUCUUUUGGUGUUCAGCUGUAAAUAAACGAUCUAAACCUC